AUGAGAAUCCUAUCACUUGCUGCGCUUCUUCUCUCCACAUCACACCUGAUCAACUCGGCCUCAAUACCUCAAUUUCCAAACUCCGACCUUAUCGCUCGCGAAGCCUCCUCAGAACUCAUCUCACCUCCAUCUCUACUAGACCCACAUUCGUCUCGCGCUCUUAGAAAACGGAAAGGCGGAGGCGGUGGCAGAAGCAGUGGUGGAAGCAGCAGUAGCAGCAGUAGCGGAUCAUCCAGCGGAGGCUCGCGCUCUGGCGGCAUCGGUGGAGGACGCACCUAUUCCUACUCUCCGAGUAGCAACGCUGGGGGAAGAACACGAUCUGGAUCUGGCACGCCACCAGCCUACGGUGGUUACUAUGCUGGUGGCGCAAAAGUACCCUACGCAGCCGGUGGACGAUCACCCCGAGGUUUCGUUCCUUUCCUCCUACCCAUCACCGCCUUUGCUUUCUUCCCUGGCAUCUGGCUCUACGGCUCGCUGUACGCAUACCCGUACGGGACUCCGUAUCACUACCGCAACCAGACCGGCUUCAACCAGACCGUCGAUGUUACAUGUUUGUGUCAGCAGUACUCCGUGUGCGGCUGCGAUGACGACGGAAACACCACUUUUGUACGGCAAAUCAUAGCAGGUGGCACGGACAGGCCGAUAAAUUCGAGCGAAGUGGUGGUCCUGCCGCCGUUGGCGAAUGGAACCCAACGCGCAUAUAUCAACGGCACAUUGCCGAACGGAACGACUGCUGCUGGAGGGGAAGAUCCAAGCUCAGACGAGGAGAUUAUUGCUAGCGGGGCCGUCAGGAUGGCAGCGAACUAUGGAGGAUACUGGAUCAUGCUGAUGACGGUUGUGGGGACUCUUUGCGCAUUAUAG